AUGGGCGUGGAAAGAAUGAAGGUCAUUGGCGACUCAAAUCUGGUGCUAAGUCAAUUGCAAGGGAACUUUACUGUAAAAGAGGCAACUUUGGCCCCAUAUCGUACAGCUGCCGAAACGCUUAUUAAUUCCUUCAAGCAAAUCGUGCUGGAGCAUAUUCCGGGGAUCACCAAUAGGUAUGUUGACGCUUUGGCUACAUUGGGGUCAAAGCUUUCGUUUGUCGAAGAGCAGCCUAAUAUCACCAUAAUAAAGACAUGA